AGGGCGAGAAACCACAGAGGGUAGCACCAUGGAAAAGCAGCCCCAGGACAGCAGGAAAGGCCUGGCGCCCAGGGAGGUGCCCCCGGCAGUCAGGCUGCUGCUGGCCAUGGCCCUCAUGAACGUGCUGCUCUACCUCUGCCUGGGUCGGGUCUUUACUUCACCCCAACAUCCCAUAGGGAACCCCGGGCACUGUCCCUAUGGCUACUUCAAAAUAGGACAGAUGAAAAACUGCUCGCCAUGGCUGUCUUGCAAAGAGCUGAGAACAGAAGUGAGGCAGCUGAAGUGUGUUGGGGAAGGAGCCGUGAAGAGGGUCUUUCUGUCUGAGUGGAAGGAACAAAAAGUUGCUCUCUCGCGGCUCACUAGUCUGGAGAUGAGGGACGAUUUUCUCCACGGACUGCAGAUGCUGAAAUCUCUACAGAGCAAACACGUUGUCACACUGCUUGGCUACUGUGAGGAUGACAACACCAUUCUUACCGAAUAUCACCCCUUGGGCUCCUUGAGCAACCUGGAAGAAACACUGAGCCUUUCCAAGUACCGGCGCGCGAACACAUGGCAGCGCCGCCUGCAGCUGGCCGCGAGCUACGUCAGCAUCAUCGACUACCUGCACCGCAGCCCCCUGGGCACGCUGGUCAUGUGCGACUCCAACGACCUGCCCAAGACGCUCUCCCAGUACCUGCUGACCAGCAACUUCAGCAUCGUGGCCAAUGACCUGGACGCCUUGCCCCUGGUGAGCCGCAGCUCCGGGACGCUGGCGAAGUGCGGCCACCGGGAGCUGCGCGGGGAUUUUGUGGCUCCGGAGCAGCUGUGGCCCUUUGGAGAGGACGCGCCUUUUCGCGACGAUCUCAUGCCCUCAUAUGAUGAGAAGGUCGACAUCUGGAAGAUCCCAGACGUUUCUGGUUUCCUUCUGGGGCAUGUCGAGGGCAGCGAUAUGGUGCGAUUCCAUCUGUUUGAUAUUCAUAAGGCGUGUAAGAGCCAGACUCCUGCAGAAAGACCCACUGCUCAGGACGUUCUGGACACUUACCAGAAGGUUUUGAGUUCACUCAGAGAUAACGUGAUGUCUCAGACGAGAGAAAUGCUAUAAAAACCAGUCCGGUCACUGAAGGAUGGGAUUUAAGGACUGAAUGGAAGUUCCAGCAGUUCUACUCUGACAGUGGAGUUUUUUGCCUGAGUCUCAUGUUUCGCUGUUUUUUUGCCGUUUAGCCAUGUGGUUCUUUUUCUACAUCCACGUGCACAUUUGAGUGUGUUCUGCAUAUCCUGGCCACCUGGUGGGAAGUUGCUGAGCAAGAACAAACCAGGCCUGAUUUAAAUCUGGCUUCGCCUUUCUAAUGCCAGUUGCUUCCUGGUGAAGAUGUGGAGAAGCAGUGAAUCUAAUCAGUAUUCAAGGGAAGUAACAAAAAUGUAGCCACAAAAAGGCUUCCCCUGCACUAAUAACUUAUA